AUGGCGUCAUCGCACAACCAAGGACACUGGUCCACAAAAGACACUCUGAAGUUACUGGAGGGCAUGGAGGAGAACCUGCCACCCAACGACCGCCGAGCAUUCCACAAAACACAGGCAGCUCUGGACUGGGGGAAAAUAGCUUUUGCAGGUUUUACAGGAGAAACGUGCAGACUCAAGUGGCAGGAGUUGUCUCACGAACUGAGGAAGGUGCGCACACUGUCAGAGUUAGUGAAGGAAGCUAAGGAACAGGUGGAGCAAGGCCAGGCCAGCAGGAAGUACAAGAAGCACCCCGACUUCCCCAAAAGGCCCCUGACAGCCUACCUGCGCUUUUACAAGGAGCAGAGGGCCCAGUGCCUCCGGAUGCACCCUGAGCUCAACAACAAGCAGCUGGCCCGAGUCCUGUCGGAGAAGUACAGGCAGCUCCCGGAGCAGGCCCGGCAGAGGUACGCGCAAGAGUUCCAGAAGGAGAGGGAGGACUUUGAGAAGAAAGUGGCUCAGUUCCGGGAAGAGCACCCCGACGUCGUCCAGCGUGCUGGGCGAUCUGGGGUGCCCGCGAAGCACCAAGGCAGAGUCCCCACAAAGUUGCGAGGACCAGCGCAAAAGGACAGCGCUCGUCCAGAAACGGAUGGACGGCCCGCCGCGCGGAAAUCUCUGGCCGAACCCGCGAAGCCCCCCAUGAGCGGCUUCCACAAGUUUCAGCAGGACUCGUGGUCGAGCGGGGAGCUGUGUUACCUGCCCGUGCGGGAGCGCAUGGUGGAGAUUGGCCGGCGCUGGCAGCGUGUGCCCCCGAGCGUGAGGGGGCGCUACCAGAGGCAGGCCGAGGAGAUGCAGCAGCAGUACUGGGUGGACCUGGACGCCUGGCUCAGGACUCUGUCGCCCGAGGACUACGCUGCCUACAGAGAGGCCCAGGCCACGUGCGGGAAGCGGAAGUGCACCAUGGUGACAGAUGGCCCCAGCCCCAAGUUCAUGAGAAGAGAUCCCCAGCGCUCCUCAGCACAGGAGCUGCCACAGCUUCCCAGGGACGAGCGGGGGCCCCUGCCUGCGGGGUCAGACUCCUCAGACACCACUGUGGUCCAGGAGGGGGGCUCCCCGACACCAGGCGAGAGGGGGAUGGGAGAUGGGACCCGGGCCCAAGGGACCAGCUCCUCAGAUCUCCAGGGCAGUGGAGAUGAAGAAGAGGCCAACAGGAGCUCUGAGGACAGUCUGUGUGAUUCAUCGUCCUAA